AUGUUCAAGAGAAUCGCAAUACAUCAGUUCAGGAGAUAUACAAAUGGCGUUGUUUUCAAAACAGCCUCCAAACCGAAGAGAAAGUGGAUUCCAUGGUCAAUUUUUGGGGGAAGCUUUCUUGGGGGUUGGUACUUGACGCAGCAUAUGACGUUUACAGACUUACUAGCCUAUUGGAGAUACGACUCUCUGCCCAAAAACGCAGAUGAAGUUGUCAAAUAUCAUGCAGAUCUAAAUAGACGUCUAAAUGGUUUACCUAUUGUGAAACAGUUGGAAGAAGCAGGGUUCGUACAAGUGAUUGCCAACGAAGAGAAAAACUUAUUAGUUUCAAAAGCGUUAAAUACGCCGGGUGGAAUUGCAAUACCACCACGGAUAUACUACAACCCAAGCAAGCGUGAAACAGUGGGACUAUACCAUUUGGGAAUGAAAUUAACAGGUUAUCCCUUUUUGAUUCAUGGAGGUAUCUUAGCCACGGUCGUUGAAGACUUGAUGAAAGAAGCAAUCAGACUCGAAAAAGGGACGAAAGACAUAAAUCAAGAGACCAAAGAUUUAAGCAUUUCAUACAAGUUCCCAACAUUGGCUAAUCAAUUCGUUGCAGUAAGAACCACCGAUCUUCAGCAAUAUGGUAGCAAGACUAAAUUAAAGGCUGAACUGAUGGACCAAAGUGGGAACAGAACAUUGGUCAAAGCAAAUGCUACAUUUGUUAGCCGAUAG